UGUUCACUGUUCUGCUGCUUAAUGCUUUAAACUACUACUGUAAUCGUCUCUCUCCACUCUCUCGAUCUACAUAUGAGUCUUCGUCACCAGUGAUGUAACUCUUUCACUAAAUCGAAUAAUCACAUAGAAACCCAUCAACCAAUCUUCAAUAUUCAUCUUCUCUUUCAAUCAAAGUUUCAAUCUUUGUCCUAAAAAACAAAUUCAAUUGUCGCGACUCGCAAGUUCCUGUCUUUUUUUUUUUUCUUUCUCCAGACCAAAGAAGGCUUCCACUGUUCUUGUCAGUAUGAAAACGGUAAUAAAGCUUCUUCCUUUGAUCUCUCUAGCAUUUUUUGGGUUCUUCUCUUCUCUUGUAAUUGCUUCCUUCUCGGAGUUAGAGUCCGCUCCUGUUUUUGAAUCAAUCGGCGAUGAAUCAUCAUCAUCCGCACCUAAGAUUAGUUACGACCGGAUCAAUGAAGUGAAGCGAAAGUGCAAAUCUGUUUUAUCUUCAGCUUCUGAAUUGAAGCUCGAAGACCUCUCUAUGGCUCCAAGAAAAUCCAAAAAAAGACUUAGUUUCCGAUACGGAGAUUGGAAUCAAGAUUCUGGUGAUUCUCCGAUUCUACCGUUUGAUUCGACGAACACACCUAAGAACUCGUCGACGAAGCCUAUGAAUCUUGUUUCUUUCUCAGUCACAGAUCUAGAUCUCCCACAUCGAACCAAGAGAUACGUAGGCGUCAAUGGUGUUUUGCUACUCGCGAUCACAAUGUUCAACGAGUUGCCAAGCUUGAGAUCUUACUAUGGGAUCCGUGAGUUUGAGUUAUGGCCUAGUCACACUCAGCUUAAGAUCUCCUUCCAAGGGGUUUAUUUUGAGAACAGUGGUGAUGAUGAGAGAGUGUUGUGUAUGCUUGGUGAAACAAUGUUGCCUUCUCGUGACGAAUCUGAAUCUUCUACUGAUCCAUGGAAAUGGGUUAAGGAACAUGACACACCUCCGCUGUUACAAGAUGAUCAGAUUCUUCUUCUUCUUCGGUAUCCGAAAAGAUUCACAUUGACUAAUAGAGUGAUCCGAGGAGAGCUUACAAGUCUAAACCAGAAGCCUAGUCUUAAGUUUUUCGACAAGAUCCAUCUUUCUUCUCAGCUUGGGAAAUCUGUUCGGUACGAUUUUGUCUCAAACGAUUUGGUAUCAAAGGCUUGUGAUCCGUAUCCUUAUAAAAACGAAACCUUUACGAGUUCUGGAAGUGGUAUCAAUGUCUAUGAAGGGAAAGGGUUUUGUGAUCUUCUCCAAAGAGUUGCUAACCGCUCGCCUCUCACGGUUGUCCCUAACUGGAAAUGUAACGGCACAGAUGAGUACUGCCGCAAAUUGGGUCCGUUUGCGUCUGAUGGUGAUAUUAAAUCAACGGAUGGUAGCUUUAAAGAUGUGAAGCUGUAUAUGCAGAACAUACAUUGUGAGGAAACUGCAGCUCAGUCUGAAACAGAUGCUGUUACAAAAGUCUCAGCGGUUUUUCGUGCUGUUCAUCCGAAUGAGAAUCUUUACAUUUCAGGGUUGAGGUCAGGGAUAGACAAUAUGACUGUUACAGCUGAAGGGAUGUGGAAGCCUUCGAGCGGGCAGUUAUGUAUGGUUGGUUGCAGGAGUGGUCAGGUAGAUGGCUGCAACGCUCGUGUUUGUUUGUAUAUUCCAACUACCUUUUCGAUAAGGCAGCGAAGUAUACUCGUUGGAACGUUCUCUUGCUUAAAUACCGAAAAGAACUUGACUCCUUCUUUCUUCCCUUUAUCCUUUGAGAAGCUUGUGGAGCCUAUGGAUAUGCAAAACUACUUCCAGUCUUCGGAUUCGAAACCGUUUUAUAGUUACUCGAAGUUAGACAAAGCUGGUGCUAUCCUUGAGAGAAACCAAGAGUUCUCUUUCGGAACCAUAAUCAAGAAGUCUGUAAUGUGGUUUCCAAAGUUGGAAGAUUCUGAUGACUUGCUUACAAGUCUUUCUCAUUUAGCUGAGGACUUGACUUUCCAUACCCCUGCAUUUACUGACAAGCUGGCCUCAGGGACUAACUUCGGCAUGGAUGUUCUCUCGCUAGGUCCUUUAUUCGGACUUUUCUGGCGUACGAUGAACGUUUCUAUUCCACAACAGACUGCUCCUUACCGCACAAAAGCUGAGUACACUGAGAAACAGCUUCUUCUGAAUGUAUCAGCUCAAAUGUCACUUACAGGGGAAAAUUUUGGUAACUUCUCUGUUAUUUACUUGGAAGGUCUUUACGAUGAGCAUGUUGGGAGAAUGUAUCUUGUGGGAUGCAGAGAUGUGAGAGCUUCUUGGAAAAUCUUGUUCGACAGUGCUGAUCUUGAAGCUGGGCUGGAUUGUUUGAUCGACGUGGUGGUUUCUUAUCCACCCAUCAAAUCACGUUGGUUGGCUGAUCCAACUGCUAAGGUUUCUAUAUCAAGCAAAAGACCAGAAGAUGAUCCUCUCUAUUUUAAACCGGUGAAGCUCAAAACAACUCCUAUCUUUUACCGAAGACAACGUGAAGACAUUCUUUCUCGUGCAGGCGUUGAAGGGAUCUUACGGGUUCUCACCCUUACAUUUUCUAUCGGUUGCAUCACUAGCCAGCUUUUUUACGUCGGUAGCAAUACAGACUCGCUUCCUUUUGUUUCGCUUGUAAUGCUAGGAGUUCAAGCUCUAGGGUAUAGCUUGCCGUUGAUCACUGGAGCUGAGGCUCUCUUUAAAAGAAAACAAGCUUCAGCAACAACAUAUGAAACACCUUCAUUUGAGUUACAGAGAAGUCAAUGGUUCAAUGUGAUUGAUUACACUGUGAAGCUACUUGUGAUGGUUUGCUUCCUACUAACGCUAAGGCUUUGUCAGAAAGUGUGGAGGUCUCGUGCAAGACUGCUCACUCGAACACCUCAAGAACCUCAUAAAGUUCCAAGUGAUCGUCGUGUACUUCUCAUUGCCUUGAUCUUACACGCACUAGGAUACAUACUCGCUUUGAUUCUACAUCCCGCAAGAACAGAUAGAUUAGUUGUUGGAAGUUACGCACCUGCUGCUUCAAAUUGGUGGCAAACCGAAACAGAGGAGUACAUUGGUUUGGUUCAAGAUUUCUUCCUGCUCCCUCAGGUUAUUGCUAAUGUUAUGUGGCAGAUUGAUUCACAGCAGCCACUAAGGAAGCUAUACUACUUUGGGAUCACUCUUGUCAGGCUUUUCCCUCACGUCUAUGACUACAUCAUUGGUUCUGUUCCUGAUCCUUACUUCAUGGGAGAAGAACACGAGUUUGUUAAUCCGAAUUUCGAAUUCUUCUCUAAGUUUGGGGAUGUCGCGAUACCUGUUACCGCGAUACUACUUGCUGUCAUUGUGUUUGUUCAGCAGAGAUGGGACUAUGAUAAGCUUUCCCAAGCUUUAAGCUUUGGACGGUUUAGGAUUCUCCCUUCUCGUUCUGUUAAGUAUGAGAGAGUAAUGUCUGAAUCCGAAAUGGUUUCUGGAGUCCGUGUCAAUGGAAAUCACAGUGAUGAUGAAUGAUUUUUUCCUUCUUGUUUUUGUGUAUUAGUUGAUGUAUGAUUACACACCAAGCAAUUGAUCGUGUCCUUGUUGUGACUUAAUGUCCAAGUUUGUAUAUAUGUUUUCCAGAGUAAGAUUACACUUAUUUUU